GACUAUAUCAAAUUAGAGUUCAGUGCAUAUCCUUUCAAAACAGCGACUGGAAAAAGACUAGUAUUUGUAUUGAUAAAGUGUGGAUUUCGUCAGAAACUGAUACGGAUGACACGUCGCACCGCUGAUUUUGUACCAUUUCUGGUUAAAGUCGCUUCUUAUCCUGACGAUCAAGCUGCCUAGUCCGCAAGCAAGAUGGAAGGACAGCAAAUAACCCACUGGCCUCUGUACAUCAAUGCUGCGAUGUCUAUCUGUGCCUUUGUCCUGACUGUGCGUCUCAUCCCAAGGUUCUAUGAUCUCUUCAUCGCAGCUGACAUGUACGGAAAGGACAUGAGUAAGAAGAUACCAAAGGGACAAGAACCAAAGAAAGUUCCCGAGGGUCUUGGAGUGAUCACCGGAGCUGUCUUUCUCAUUGUCAUGUUUCUCUUCAUCCCCGUUCCGUUCUGGAGAAUGUGGAAAUCAGAUACAAGAGAAGACUUCCCUCAUGACAGGUUUGUAGAGUUCAUCGCAGCCCUUCUGUCUAUAUGCUGCAUGAUAUUCCUUGGCUUCGCUGACGAUGUCUUGGACCUAAGAUGGCGCCACAAGCUCCAGCUUCCCACGAUGGCGACCUUGCCCUUGCUCAUGGUCUACGUCGUCAACUAUGGCUCUACCACUAUCAUGGUCCCAAAACCACUCAAUGCAUACAUCGGCAAUGAUAUUAACCUUGGAGUCUUGUACUACAUCUAUAUGGGGAUGUUAGCCGUCUUCUGCACCAAUGCAAUCAACAUCUUGGCUGGAGUGAAUGGCUUGGAAUGCGGUCAGUCAGCGGUCAUCUGUAUCAGUGUUAUCAUCUUCAAUAUCGUCCAGUUAUCAGGAAAUUGGAGUGAAGCUCAUCUAUUCUCUUUGUACUUCAUGAUGCCAUUCUGUGCUGUCUGCCUGGCUCUCCUUUAUCAUAAUUGGUAUCCCUCAAGGGCCUUCGUGGGGGACACCUUCUGCUACUUCGCUGGCAUGACCUUUGCCGUGGUAGCCAUCUUAGGUCACUUCAGCAAGACCAUGCUUCUCUUCUUCAUCCCGCAAGUCAUCAACUUUGUCUUCUCCGUCCCUCAGCUCUUCCAUUUUGUGCCCUGCCCCCGGCAUAGACUGCCAAAGUUCAAUCCUGAUACAGAUACCCUAGGAAUGAGCUAUACAAGAUUUAAGAUGAAGAACCUUGGCUUUAUAGGGAGGUUAGCAGUGAGGGUAUGUGGGUUAGUUGGAGUGAUACACAUUAAAGAAGGAGUAGGAGAAGACAAGGAGGAGACGGAGUGCAGUAACUUCACCAUCCUCAAUCUGGUCUUGAAGAUAACGGGUCCAAUGCAUGAAAGAAACCUGGUUCUUGUCAUGCUCUUCAUACAGGUACUUGGAUCAUGUGUUGCUUUCUUUGUGCGCUUCUACCUUGCAGGGUUCUUCUAUGACGUUAUAGUGUACUAGAUAGUUAAUAUUCCCAAAGAUUACUCUUUUGAUAUUUUAUGUAAAUUUCUUUCCUAAAUUUAUAUUACUAAAUAAAUGAACAAAAUUUUGUAUGAAUCAUGUGAGCAAAGAACUAUGUUAUGAUUAAAGAUGAUACAUAUCUUGCAUAUGAAAGAAUUUUUAAAAAUUGUAAUCGUAUGCAUACACAAUAUGUUUUGUAAGAUACCUGAUAUUAAGACGCAAUAAUUAUUAGCUGAAUAUUGGUUGCUGUAUUUCCAAUCGUGGUAUUAAUGAAACAAAAAAUGUACAUGUUUAUUCAUUUUAAUGUGGUAUAGGUUCAGGAUUUAUUCUAUUGGGUUACUGGGUGCAAGAAUGGUUUUAAAUACUUCUUCUACACUUCUACACUAUGCAUAUGACCCGCUGCAGAUGAAAUAUUAUUUCAAUUGCACCAUUGCCCACAGAAGGAGCGUUAGCGAGUGUGUGAGAAAUGUACAUGGAGAUGGUCUAGUAAAAAAUUCAUAAUAAUAAUAAUAUGGAAAAUUUAUAUAGCGCUUGUGAUGCAAGUUUCAAAGCGCUGUACAUGUACACAAAUCAAAAUUACUUCCAAAAGAGGAGAGUCACUUUCAUUUAGCCCCAGAGAAACUUUAUCAUGAUGAUUCAAUUGGCUUUCUAAAACAGACAAGUUGAAAAAAAAAUUAUGUUUCUCUGUAAUAUAAAGGUGAAUUAUCGAUUUACAAACUAUGUAAAAAGGGAUGACAAAGUUAUUGUAGUUUAUACUUUUCCAAUGAUCUUAUUCUAUCCACCUAUUGGUCGACUGUAAUACUGAUGACAUGAUUGUGUCAAAAUUGUUAUUACUAUUGAUUAGCAUUAUGUGCAGAAAAUUAUAUUUCU